AUGAGAAAACGAAAAUAAGAGAAAUAAAUUGAUUAACAAAUUGAUCAAUAUCAAAUUUUGAAACAGAAAAUAUUUGCAUGUCAAGCAAAAAUCUUGGAAUUGGAGGAAUAAAUUGAAAUGAAAGAAAAAAGAAAUAAAUUUAUAGAUGACGAACUCAGGUUGAAAAUGAGAGAUCUGAAUAAUGUUGAAAAAAUUUUUGAAAUUAAUAAGGAGCUUGAAAUAAACGAAAUUAAAUCGCAGAAUAAUGAAUAAAAAUCUAACUCCUCUACUACUAUUUAUAAUAUGUAACAACAUUAGAAAGCCCUAAAUUAGCAGUAAUUUCUAUAUAAAUAAAAAAUUUCUUAGGAGUAUUACUCAAAUUUUAUGGAAAAGUAUUUUUAAUAUUUUGACAGUUGUAUUGGGCAAGAACUUAUUUAAGAGAAAGAAAUAGAAAAUGAUAAUGAGAAAAUAUAUAUUUCUCCAAUGGCUAAAUUUCAUGCUAUUUAAAUACAAUGUUUUGUUAAAUUGUUGGAUCCUGAGUUGCGUACUAAGGUAAAUUAGAGGACAGCAGAUAAUUAAGAUUAUGUUACGGUUACUUUUAGAUAUUCAAAAUCGGAUACUUUUGAUAAUUUAAAGCUUGUUUGUCUUUAAUAUUGGAAUAUAAUUGAGCUUGAUCAUUUAUAUGCACCCGAUACUUUUAAUUUAAAUUAGAAUUAAUAUCAGACUAAAAUGAGAAAAUAUGAAUUUUUAGCUCCUGAUUUCACUAAAAUAUCAAAUACAGAGUUAGUUGAAAGAUAUUGUGAAAAUUUUGAGCAGAAAUUUGCAAAGGAAAAAUAUGUUAAUGCUAUUCUUAAAAAAAAGGUUAUAAAAUUAUAAGGGUAUUAAGAAAAAGGAGAAUAUAAUGCUUAAAUAAAUGAAUCCUAAGCAGCAAGCUAAUUUGUAAGUAGAACUUUCAACAAUCAAACCCUUAUGAAUUACACCAUUUAAGCUGAGGAUAGUUAAUUAGCCAAUUAAUAUUUAUAAAAUUCAAUUUCGGGUGAUUUAAGUCUAGAUGAUGCAAAUUUUGCAAUUAGCAAUAUGAUAUUGAAAAUGAAAUAAUCUUUGACAAAAAGUUAUUAUAGCUUUACUUAACGAUUUCCAUUACUCUAAAAAAUGUUUUAAAUUGAUACGUUUGAAUUGGAUCUUCGAGACUAAAAAAAUAUCAAAAGAAAAGGUUUAAAAAUUGAUGACUAUAACAUUUUGGUAGUUUUAUUGAUUUUAAUCCUAUUGUUAUUAAAUUGCAUUCAAUAUUCUCUCGUUCCAAAUUAAGCUGUAAUUUAGAGCCAUAUUAACUAAAUAGAAUCUGUACUUAAAUUAGGUAAAAAUUAAGAAUUUAUAAAUAUCUCUACAUUAGAUGGUAUUUUUACUUAUUUUAAUGACUUAAGUAAAUUUCCCUUUUAUCUAUGUAAUUAAAAAUCUCAAUUCAAUUUGUACUAUGAUUUAAUUGGAGCAGUUAGAUUUAGAAAUAUAAAAGUUAAAGAAAAACAAUGCUUGUUUUCAGUUAGAUCUGACAUAUCAAGUAGAUUGAAAUGCUUUUAUGAAUAAUAAAAUAUCAAUACAAUUGAAACAAGAAUACUGUCUUAAGGGGACAAGGACUGGAUGUAGUUUAAAUCAAAAAAUGAUAUUACUAUUUCAAGAGUAACGAGAGGAAAGUUUGGUGAAUACGAUUAAACUGGUUACAUUAAAGAUUUAACAAAAUCAAAAUAAACAAUGCAGCAGUAUAGAAAAGAAAUCACAUAUGAAAUGUUCCAAAAUAAAGAAUAUCUUAAUAUAAAUACUUUGGCUCUUAUUAUCACUUUUACUAUUAAAAGUAAGUUAGACUCAAGCUUUUUUUUUAUUGAAUUACUUUGUGAAAACACAAAUCUUGGAAUUCACCCAAGCUCCCCUAAAAUUAAAUAUUUUCGAUUACCCAACUUUGACAAAAUAGAAGAUGAAAUUAAAAUAUUAUCAUAUUUCAAGCUAUUUUUUUCAAUCUGCUUUUUGAUAUACAUGGUAUUUGUGAUUAUAACCUUUAGCAAGGAAAUUCAAAGUAUCAAAUCUAAUUAAACAAAAUUCAAAAAUAUUUUCUCAUACUUUAUAUCCCUUAUUUUCCUUAUGAAUUUAAUAGUUUUGUACACAAAUUUUGUUAGUAUCUCAUAAGCCUUUAAAUUACUGUCCGUAGAAUAAAUUCCCAAAAAGAUGAUUGAACUUGAGGAUUUCGAAGACUAUGGAAACCUUGCAGAAACAUAUUAAACUUACUUUUACUUUUUAGGCUUGUCAGUGGCUGCACUCAUAUUUCGAAGUAUGUUAUUUUUAGGAGUUUUUGAAAGUAUGCUUAAUUUAAUAGAAUCUAUUUAAUUCUCAUAUCUUUAGAUUAUGAUCAGUUUUAAAAUAUUAAUCCUAAUACUUUUAAGUUUUUGUAUGAUUAUGAGGUCCUUAUAAGGACCUUACUCGUCAGAGUUUAGUUCCUUUGAUACAGCUUUUACAUCUUUACUCUAAAUGGUUAUGAACACUUAUGAUGUUCAGAAAUUAUUAGAGAAUAAUUAAUUAUCAACAACAUUUUUUUUGAUCACUUUUUAUUUUUUGCUAACUUACUUUACUUUUAAUAUGAUAAUUGUUGUUUAUAUUGAUUCUUAUAGGUAAGGAAAUUGA